GCGUCCGUCCCGCGCCUCAAUAUGGACAUGUGGCUGCUGGUGCUCCUGUUUGUCCAGCUCUGUUUCUGCUCCGGGUAUGAAGGAUCAGGACAGUACGGCUACGGAGACGAUGAGGACUGGUAUUCUCGUAGAUAUAAAGGGACCCCGUGGUGCGCGCCCAUUAAGGUGAAACAUGGUGACGUGAGCUGUCGCACACCCAGAGGAGAGCACUACAGGAAUGUGAUGGGGACCCGCUGUAAAAUCCGUUGUAAGCAGGGAUACGAGGCCCAGAGCUCAGAGGUGGUGUGUAUGGCCAGCAAACACUGGUCCUCUAACUAUGCCUGCCGAGAGAUCCGCUGUGCCAAGCUGGACAUGCCCGCUAACGGCGGCUACAAGUGUUCGGACGGCUCCUACUUCAACUCUCGCUGCGAGUUCUUCUGCUCACCUGGAUUCAGUCUGAAGGGCCAGAAGACGGCAACCUGCCAGUACAGCAAGGUGUGGAGCGCUGGUGUUCCCACCUGUGUCGAUAUUGAUCCCCCUAAAAUCAAGUGCCCUAAUCUGAAGGACAAAUGGGCAGAACCAGGAAAACUGACAGCGAGGGUAACUUGGGACACACCAGAGGGUGUCGACACUGCAGAUGGCAUCCUUACAGAUGUUAUCCUGAAAGGGAAACCUUCAAAAUCAAACUUCCCCGAGGGGCUCCAUAAGAUGUCCUACACUGUGUUUGACCGCGCUGGGAACAAAGGAUCCUGCCGCUUCACUGUCAGAGUGCGAGUGCGCCGCUGCAGCUCACUGUUUCCCCCAGACAAUGGCUACAUGAAGUGUGACAGUGAUGGAGACAACUAUGGUGCCAAUUGUGAAUUCAAGUGCACCGGCGGCUACGAGCUACAGGGCAGCGCUGCCAGAGUGUGUCAGUACGGACUCACCUGGUCUGGCACAGAUACAACCUGUUCACCCAUGAACAUCAAUGUGGGAGUGCGGACGGCUGCUGCACUGCUGGACCAAUUCUAUGAGAAGCGACGGCUUCUCAUUAUCUCAGCGCCGACGGCUGCCAAUCAUAAUUAUCGCUUCCAGAUGACUAACUUACAGCACGCUCAGUGUGGACUGGACCUGAGGCAUGUGACAGUAAUUGAGCUGGUUGGGACUUACCCUGCACAGAUUGGACGAAUUCGACACAGGCUGCUCCCCCCAGGACUGGCCCUGCAGCUCAGGUUACUGCUCCAGAUCCCACAAAGGUCUUUCCAAAUGGUGCUGGUAGACAAGCAGGGCAUGGACAAGCAACGCUACCCGUUCCCGAUCACAGCCGCCGAAUUAUUCACCACCAUAGACACUUUCCCCCCCCGCAAGGAUGAGAUGUUGCUACAGCAGGAGGCGGGUCAGACCUGUCAAUCAUAAAACACCCUGGCCUUCGGUGCACUUCUAAUGGACUGUCGACCAUCUUCGAUCCUUUUCCUCCUCAGUCACAGCAGACAGGACCUGCUCUGAUCUUCUAUUUCUAUCCACAUGUCACACACUCCUACCUGAACUCAUUCAAUCCUGUAUCCUGAAGGUGUGAGUGUGACUGUGUGUCUGUGUGUGUGUGUGUGAAUGCAUGUAAAGUGUGUGUGCCAUCAAAAGUUUGGAUGUCAGUCAUGGUGCUGAUCUGAAGCAGGGGGAUUUAUAGAAAGAGGUUACUAAAUGGAAUGGGUCAUACAGUUACAAUCAUAUUGAUUCCUGAGUCUUGUCUUUCUGUACAUGUUUUAUUAUUAUUAUUAUUAAUAUUUUCAAAUCAGAAAUAUGUUUUACUAUUUUGUACAAAAAGUCUUUUUACUGUAUGAACUGGAAAACUUUUCACCUGUCUAAUAUUUAUGUCUUAUUUCUCUAAUAAUGAUGUACUCUGACACUCUAUGGAAAACUGUGUGUUAUGUACAGUGCAUCUGUACAUCUACGUCAGAAAUUACAAGACACUGAUUAAAUAUGUCUUCACGGA